AUGACGUCAGCCAGAGGCAGCUGUCGCAUCGCCCGCGCCAUCGGGGCCGUGCUCCCCCUGAACUGGCUUGGAGACGCGUCGUUGGGGCAGCCCCCUAACAGUUCCCUGGCCCUGUGCACUUUCGGGCUCGUGGGCAACGUUCUGGUGCUGGUCCUGGUGCGGUCCCAGCAACGGCGCCGCCGCUCGCUGCUCAACUGCUUCCUCCUCAACCGUGCAGCCACCGACCUGCAGUUCGUGCUGACACUGCCCUUCUGGGCCGUUGACAUGCCAGCAACUUCUUCCUCAGCGCCAUCAGCGUGGCGCGCUACUGCGCCGUGGCGAGCGCGCUGCGCCCCAGCCGGCCCGGCACCCCAUGGGCUGUCUGCGUGUGCUGCUUGCUCUGGGCCACUGCAGUCCUGGCCACCGCGCCCACCGCCCUGUUCUCCACAGUGGCCAGCGUCGGGGGCGAACGCUUGUGCCUGCUGCGCUCCCCCGACGGCGGUCCCGACUGGCUGGCCUUCUACCAUCUGUAAAAGAUCGCCGUGGCCUUUGUGCUGCGGCUGGCCACGCUGGGCACCUGAUCACUGCUGCUCCUGCGUUUCCUGCGUCGGCGGCGGGCACGCUUGGCCGCCUGGGGUCCGGCUCCGACGACGCUCCCGGGUUACCCGCGCGCUGGCCUGCGUGCCGCUGGCCUUCGUGUUCUGCUGGCUGCCCAACCAAGCGCUUACGCUCUGGGGGGUGCUGGUCAAGCUGAACGUCGUGCCCUGGGACCGCGCCUACUUCCUGGCUCAGGCCUACCUCUUCCCCCUGUCCAUCUGCCUGGCGCACUCCAACAACUGCCUCAAUCCGAUGCUCUACUGCCUGCUGCGCCGCGACUUCCGCCAGGGCCUGCGAGAGCUCUGCGGCCGGGCCAAGCGCCCCGUGGACCUCCGACCGUUCUCCGACUGCCCUGCCCCCGCUACCGCGCUCUCUGAUUAGGCCUGAACCCGCAGAACCACACCUCUCAGUAAGGACCACCCGCCACUCCGUCGGUACCAAGAGUGAUGCGGCAGAUUAUGCCACUUGGGUUUGGAGUGAUGAUGUCAAGGAGUAGUGGCUGACUUUAGGGCCCGUGUUCUGGGUUCCAAUGGACAAGCAGGCCCUUUGGCCGGGGAGAUUACUUAAGACUGGGAGUUCACCACUAACCUUCUGUGUGACCCAGGGUGAGUCCCUUCCUCCCUGGCCUCAGUUCCCUCAUCCGUACAAGGAGAGGUAAAUCAAAAGGCAACCGAGGGGCUUCCCUGGUGGCGCAGUGGUUGAGAAUCUGCCUGCCGAUACAGGGGACACGGGUUCGAGCCCUGGUCUGGGAGGAUCCCACAUGCCGCGGAGCAACUAGGCCCGUGAGCCACAACUACUGAGCCUGCGCACCUGGAGCCUGUGCUCCGCAACAAGAGAGGCCGCGAUAGUGAGAGGCCCGCGCACCGCGAUGAAGAGUGGCCCCCGUUUGCCGCAAUUGGAGAAAGCCCUAGCACAGAAACGAAGACCCAACACAGCCAAAAAUAAAUAAAUAAAUAAAUAAAAAUGAAUAUCUGCUUAAAAAAAAAAGGCAACUGAUUUAAACCCCUUCUCUGGUGGACAGCACUUGAUCCUCAUAUUGAUGCAGAGCCACCAUAAAGCAUUCUCAGCACACAUCAGUUGAGGAGAUUAGGUCAUCGGAGGUCAGAAUUUGUAUCUGCAUCCUUGCAAAUACUUGCUCAGAAAUUUCAUGCCUGAUACUUCUGACAGAGGAAGACUUGAUGCUUGAAGGUAGAGGAAAAAACCUAUUCCCCACUGCCUGGUGUCCAAGUCAGGAGCCCACGAAGGACCUUGGGUCAACUCAAAUGUCUGCAGAUUUGUCAUCCCAGAGCAGCUGGAAGAGGGGGUGAGGCCCUUGGUGGAAUGAGAGUCCCUGUGCCUCAUGGCGUGGGUGAUACCAUUGUUCCUCUAAAGUACCACAGGACAGAAGAAUCGGUAUUCCUUGGAGCACUUGUCCGCUUAAAAAGAAAAUAAUGUUUUGCAAAGUAAAGAACUGUAGUGAUUCACUGAUAGCUCCAAGCCUUGAUUAUUUUUCUCAGUGUCAUUUUAAAAAUGGGUCUCUUGCAGCUCA